AUGCUAUUAGACCUAUAUCCAGUUCAAAACUUUACUGUUGAACAGCUGGAGUAUGAGAAGAACCAUCGUCUCCUCCAGCCGGUCUGGGAUUUUAUAAAAGUUAGUUUGCCAGUCAAGUCAAGAAAUUAACUUCAAUCGAAACUUUCUCAGAACGGAAACGAGCACAUUCUGAGCUCUCCGCUCUUCCCACCGUUCUACGCACUCUCGAUCGACUACACCUGGGUUGCCGUCUUUACAAGUGAGACGUACCGCGGUCACGAUUUGCUAACCUCGAUUCUAAUUUCAGUCAUCGACCUCUGGUUCUGUGAUGUUCCAUUCUUCAAGAAUGCAAAGAUCCAGAAGGAUCGCAAGGUCACUUGGGAUCUAAUGAAGAAAUCUUUCAAGCUUCAAGGAUGGAAUCAACUUCUCUGGAUCUACCCGAUGGCUCUCGUUCAGCUGAUCUGGGUCCCCCCGACUGAAUUGCCCGUCCUUGCGCCGACUGUGUUUGAGAUGCUCUCUCAACUUGCCAUUUUCUUCCUUUCCUUCGACUUCACCUACUUCUGGUUCCACUACGCCAACCACAAGGUAAGAGUUCUUGCGCUUUGAAAAGUGAUUUAUCGAUUGGUGCACGUGAGAAGUGAGAACACAGAAGGACUGAUAAACUCGCUGUAGGGCACUGAUAUCAAAUGAAUCUUGUAGGGAGCUGUUAUCAUUGAACCCUUUACAGCACAAAACACAGUAUUUGUAGGCAGUUCUAGUCGAUUAUCUUACAGAUCAAAUGGCUGUACCGUUGGUGCCACUCGGUUCAUCACAUGUACUCAUCCCCAUUCGCAGCAUCCGCUCAACAUCUUCAUCCCUUUGAGGUUUCAUUCAAUCUAUUGGGCAUUCAAGCGCACUGAUGAUUUCAGUUGUUCUUUGUGGCCACGUUCAUCACCACCAUCCCUUGGAUCUUCCCGACUCAUUGCUUGACCUACUGGUUGUGGUUCUUUGUGGCACAGAGCGUUUCCUAUGAAGUAGCGUGAAACAGAAUGCCCGCGCACGUAAUGUUCUUUUCACUUUUGCAGGUCCACAUUGGUUACGACUUCCCUUUCGCACUUCACCGCUUCUUUUGGUUCUAUUCGGGCGCUCCGGCACAUGACAUGCAUCACUUGAGACCUCUGACCUGCUUCCAACCGUGGUUCAACUACCUCGACCGUCUCAUGGGAUACCAUAUCACCUAUGAGGAUCUGAAAAAAAUGACCGCGGCAAAACUGAAGAAGUUCGGGCUCUACGCGGCUGAAGACGAGAAGGGUCUCAUCAAGAUCAAUUGA